CUGAGAGGAGUGCCGACGUCGUCUUCCGGCGGAGACGAAGCAGCAGGCGCCGCCAAGGGCCCUUCUAGGAGAACAGCGCGCAGUCUCGGUGGUGCUGGGUCAUCCGAGCUGUGUCACGUGGCUGGCGAAAGCCGUCGCGGAGGCUGCGGGGAGGAGAAAUGGGCGGGAGGACUGGGGGAUAGCUUGAGACCCGACGACGAUGGGGUUGUCAUGGAGCCGCGGGGCUGGGCUCGCGCAUGCGCCACUCUACUCGCGGGUCGUCCGGUCGCGGAGCGGCGACCCCGGUCCUAGGGCAGUCCAGAUGAAAAGAGUACCGAUGAAUGCACUUCCAGCCCAGUAAAACAUGGAGAGGAAGAACCCAUCCAGAGAGGGCUCUAGAAGGCUCUCAGCCAAACUAAGCAAAGGCCCAGAGAUGAAAAAAGUGUCUCGUCAACUCGGCAUGGCAGCUGCUGAGUCAGAUAAGGACUCUGGAUUUUCAGAUGGGAGCUCUGAAUGCCUGAGCUCGGCAGAGCAGAUGGAGUCUGAGGACAUGCUGAGCGCCCUAGGCUGGAGCCGAGAAGACAGGCCAAGGCCGAGCGCCAAGCCUGCGAGCGGUGCCUUUCCAACACUGGCUCCCAUGGUCGUCAUGAAGAACGUGCUGGUCAAACAGGGCAGCAGCUCGUCCCAGCUCCAGUCGUGGUCUGUGCAGCCCUCCUUUGAAGUGAUCUCAGCACAGCCCCAGCUCUUAUUCCUUCAUCCACCUGUACCGUCUCCUGUCAGCCCAUGUCACGCUGGUGAGAAAAAGUCAGACUCCAGGAACUACUUGCCCAUUCUCAAUUCUUACACCAAAAUAGCCCCACACCCAGGCAAAAGGGGCCUUUCCCUCAGCCCAGAAGAAAGGGGGGAAGGUGGAAUGCAGAAGAAGAUCUGUACUGAGAGACUUGGGCCAAGCCUGUCUUCUAGUGAGCCGACCAAGACUGGUGCUGGCCCAUCCAGGCCCCCGACUCCAGCGCCCGCCAGCACCAAGCUCGCCGAGGACUCAGCUCUCCAGGGUGUGCCCUGCCUGGUGGCAGGUGGAAGUCCACAGACGCUUCAGCCAGUGUCCAGCAGCCAUGUGGCUAAAGCUCCCAGCCUGACCUUUGCUUCCCCCGCCAGCCCUGUCUGUGCGUCAGACAGUACCCUGCAUGGGAUGGAGAGCAACUCCCCGCUGUCCCCACUGUCAGCUAGUUACAGCUCCCCUCUGUGGGCCGCAGAGCACCUCUGCCGCAGCCCAGAUAGCUUUUCAGAGCGGCGGCAGAGCAAGCACAGGCGCUUUCAGAAUACCCUCGUAGUCCUACACAAAUCUGGUCUGCUGGAGAUCACUUUGAAAACCAAGGAGUUGAUUCGUCAGAACCAGGCGACUCAGGUGGAACUAGACCAGCUAAAGGAGCAGACCCGGCUAUUUAUCGAGGCGGCCAAGAGCAGGGCUCCUCAGGCUUGGGCCAAGCUGCAGGCGUCUUUAACAUCAGGGUCAGGUCAUACUGGCAGUGACCUAGAAGCAUUCUCCGAUCAGCCAGACAUAUGACAUAGAAGGCAUAUUUUCCUGUUACUUGAGUGGUUCUUUGUAACUCUUUUACCGUUAUCUACUCCUGUUUCCCAAAGCUUAUGUGAGAGCUUUCCUUUUAAACUUAAACUGUUCAGCGGUUCACUUACGAAGCCACAUGCCAAUACCUGGCUACUGUCUUAACCUGUGGUCUAUGCACAGUUUACCUUUGUCUCCGUUCCACUGAGGACCUCAGAUUUGGGUGUCCUCGAGUCCCUCUUCCUUAGCCUGCAGGCACUUCGAUGGAUCACGAGGCAAAGUGGGAAAGAUGCUUGGGUGGCAGCUGUCACUUCCCACCAUCCCACUCACUAACCGCGAUCAGGGAUGCCGUGAUGCAGACAAGCAUACAGAGUGACACCUGUCAAGCCAGGGAGUAGGUGACGUAAGGAGCCCUUCGUGGCUCUUCCCUUGAAGGUCUUAGUCACAGAGGAAAAUAAAAGAGGAGGGUGUUUGCAUUUUACGAGGCAUUGUGCCAUUUGGGAGAAACCUAAAAUGCUUUAAAAUGCUUUGGGCACACAUUGGUCCUCGGAUGCAAGCACUUAAUCACUUAAAGCUUUGUUUCUUUAAACUCGCAAGUCAAGGGGAAAGGGUAGUACCGUUAACUCAUACACUUUAAUCAUAAGCCAGAUUUCUGUUAAACUGGUAGGUGAAAUAUUUCAGAUUUGUAAAGUAUGGAAUGGAUUUAGGACCAUCUGGAGCUACAGUUAUGCUUUUUUGACUCAGAGUCUGAAGAAGGAGAAAUGGCUAGCAUCUCUUGGUUGAGAGCUGGAAGAUUCUGAUAAUUUAUGCUUUUCUCUCU